CUGACAGAUCAACUUCCAGUUCAUUGCGUGCUGCUACGUUUCCCCCCCCUCCCCACAGAGCAGCGUGAAAUUGAUAAAUUGAUUUCGCAAUGGUUAGAGAAACAAAGGAGAUCUCUCGUGUGUAACUAUAGUGAACGGCCUUUGCCGGGUCAAGUGCUCUUAAGGUUUAGUUUAAUUUUUCAGGUGCCUUCCUGACCACAAAGCAUGGACUUAUUGAUAGUGAAGUGAAUUUCAUAAUAACCGCAUGUUUUGUUCUGUGAUGUUUUUUUUCAUAUUGAAUGCCAGUAUUGAAAGAUCAGAUCUUGCUACAUAUGAAAACAGUAAACAUUUCAUACUGAAACAUUCAAAUCUGAAAGAUAAUUGGUUAACACACAUGCUAGCUAGUAGUUGCUCUGGAUUUAUAGCUGCUACAUUAGGAACACCAGCUGAUGUGAUUAAAACUCGGAUAAUGAAUCAACCAACAGAUAAUGGGGUUUAUUUUACAAAUCUUCUAUUGAUUGCCUUUUAAAGACAGUACAUGAAGAAGGAUUUAUGGCUUUAUACAAAGGGUUUGUGCCAAUAUGGACUAGAAUGGUAAGUAUAGCAGUUAAUCAUAAAAUAUUUUUACUAUUUAUUUAUAUUUUACACAAGCAUACAUGAAGACUGUCAUUAAAAAAAUGAACAAUUUUAUUUUCCAUUUCUUUAUGAAAGGACAAGUGCACGCUUCUCAUGCUGUCUCAUAAAAACAUGGAGUUUCCCCUGUUUUUAAAAUACACUUUUAUAUCACUGUGGGCCAUGUCUAGCACUCUGAAAACUCAAGAUAUGUUCCAGUAGACUGCAAUGUUUAGGUCAUAUUUAGAACUAUCGUAAAUUUAUGCUAGGCAAUAAUAAUGUAAAACUUUCGUUAAAUAAUGUAAAACUUUUCGUUUUUAACGUUUCGUUAAUGUAAAACUUUUCGUUUUUAACAACUAAAGGGAUGCUUUUGAAUAGUGAAAAUAAAAGUGUCAGUAUUUUUCUUUGAAAAAUAUAUGCUAAACAAAGACUGCUUAAUAAUAAAAAUAAUUAUUAAAUUAUUAUUUACAGUUUUAAAAUGUACAGUACAUAGUCGUACUUGUUUUUUAAAAUCAUGUUAAUAAUUGAUUACUGCAUAUUCUUUUCCCUGUUUGGGGAUCAUCUUCAGAAGGCCUUUUAUUUGCAUUGCCAGACUCAGCACUAGUCAUCUGUUCAGAACCUUUCUUCAGUAUAGUGCUAUUUGACCUGCAAAUAUCAGAUUUAUAAAAUUUUACUUAUUAGAAAAUAUAAUUCCAGUAAAGAUAACUUUGAAGUUCCACAUGUAGUAAAUGUGAUAUUCAAAAGUACGUUUAUUGUGUAAACUCUAAAAAUAAACUUCACAAAAAUUUGAUUUGUUUGGAAUAUUUAUUGUUGUUUGAGACUUAUCUAUAUAAUUUGUCUGUGGAUGCACAUGGUCUAUAUUUACUAUUUUAUAUUUAUUUAUAUUAGUUGUUACAUUAAUUGCUUUUUGAUUUUAUUCUAUUUUCCUCUAUGUGGCGUUUUCUCAUCUUUGUUAUCUAAGCAUUUUUCAUGCAUCAAUAAUUCAUUCAGAUUUUUUUAAAUGUACUAUGUAAUUUAAAUGUAUUUAUGUAAUUCAUAUGAAUUCUGUAAAAUCAUCAAGUACCUGUACUGUUUCCAAAAAUUAAGGAAAAAUUCACGUAAAUAGCUAUAACUCGUUCAGAAAAAAGCCAAUUUGUAUCAAAUUUUAAAAUGUUGUCAAAUAAGAAUUGCUAAGUAAAGCUGCAGUAUGCAAACUAAUGGCGCUGCAGUUGGAAAUACAGCUGCGAGGAGCAUAAAAUUGCAUGUUUCAGAGCAAGCCUGCAAAUUUCAUUGUGAUGCUUGAGAUAAGAAAUCUGGCGUAGCCAAUUUGGAACGAUGACCUCCACGCAUUAUUUGCUUGAAGAACUGUGAUAGAGUUCUUCAAGCAAAUAAUGUUCUUAUAUCAUUUUCUAAAUUUUCACUGUAUAAGUUUUCUCUUAACAGAUAUUGCAAGCAAAGUAAUUUAAGUAAAAAUAAGUUAAGAAAAAAGGAACUUUUUUGAAAUCAGAAGACGGGAAAUUG